AUGGAGGACACUUUAUCAUCUUUGAUAGAGGGUGGUUCGAAUGUAAAACCGCAGCUCAGGUUAAAAACCGCCUACUCAGAUUUAACAAGAGCCCAAAAAUACAAAGAAAUAAUAAAUAUUGUUGUGGCGGCGUGUCGAGAAGGGAAGGAAAUCGGGGAAGAAGAAUGA